AGGGUCAGCUUCACCGGUUACUGGUGAAGAUUGUUUUUAAUACUUUUGUGUUUUGACGCUUUUUUUUAAUCACGCAGGAGGAACCUGGACGCUUGUUAUUCAGACUCCAGUGGAUGUUUGCAGGAGAAGUUAUUUUUUUUUUGUAGGAGCAGACACCUGAGGGGAAGAAGCACCCCUGAAAGUCAGCAGCAUCAGCUGAGCUGAAAGAAAACAAAUCAAGGCCUGCGACCAAACCAAGAGACAAGAAAAGUAAAGAUGCUCGGGGGUGAAGGAGAGAGCAGUUCAUAUUCUUCUUCAAAAGACACAACAGAGGAGAGGCGCAAGUCUCCGGCUGUGGAGGGGGAUGAUCCGAUAACUAGCAACAGGUACACGGAGCACGGGAUGGGUCCUGACCGGUACUAUAUCCCGUCCACUAUUUCUAAGCAAAGCCCCGAAGCAGUGAAUCAUUGCUCUUUUAUCCCGUACACCCCCAGCGGGGCGGUUUACACCCCGUCCAGUGCUGGGAGGUAUCCCUCACCACUCCACUUGGGCUCCGUAUUGCCGCCGGCCGGAUUUCCCCCCUCAGCCCCCGGGCGCAGUCAUAUCAGUCCCACUUACCAGCUUGGGCAGAGUCCCGGCUGCAUCUACCCUCCAUACACCGGCUCGGGCUCCGCUCUCGGCAAUAUGGCUCUACCCGCCGCCCCCGGCCCAGGGGUGAGAGCCCAGGUUUACCUCUGCAACCGGCCGCUGUGGCUCAAGUUUCACCGGCACCAGACAGAGAUGAUCAUCACCAAGCAGGGCAGACGGAUGUUUCCUUUCCUCAGCUUCAACAUAGCUGGUCUCAGUGUGACAGCGCACUAUAACGUGUUCGUGGAAGUGGUGCUAGCGGAUCCAAACCACUGGAGGUUCCAGGGGGGGAAGUGGGUCACCUGUGGGAAGGCGGACAACAGCAGCCAAGGGAACAAAGUCUAUAUUCACCCAGAGUCCCCAAACACAGGGGCUCACUGGAUGAGACAAGAAAUCUCCUUCAGCAAGCUGAAACUCACCAACAACAAAGGGACCAGCCACAAUACUUCACAGAUGAUUGUUCUGCAGUCCCUGCAUAAGUACCAGCCAAGGCUGCACAUUGUGGAAGUGACGGAGGAUGGGGUGGAAGAUCUUAACAGUGACCUUAAGACCCAGUGCUUUACUUUUCCAGAGACUCAGUUUAUAGCAGUCACUGCCUACCAGAACACAGAUAUCACGCAGUUGAAAAUCGAUCACAACCCUUUUGCCAAAGGAUUCAGAGACAAUUAUGAUUCGAUGUACACAGCUCCAGAGAAUGAUCGCCUUACGCCGUCUCCUACCGACUCUCCCCGUGCCCACCAGAUUGUUCCUGGCACCCGCUACGCAAUGCAGCCCCUCUUCCAGGAUCAGUUUGUCAACAACCUUUCCCAGAAUCGCUUCUACAACAGUGAGAGAGCAGUGCCCCAGACUAGCAGCCUCCUCUCACCUCAGACAGAAGAUGCAGCAUCACAGCGGUGGUUUGUCACCUCAGUGCAGCAAGGUGGAAACAGCAGUAGCACCAGCAACAAGCUAGAUCUGACACCCUAUGAGGGGGAAUAUUCAAGUUCUCUGCUUCCUUAUGGCAUCAAAUCACUGCCCAUGCCAACUUCUCAUGCUCUCAGCUACUACCCAGAUUCUCCUUUUACUACAAUGUCUGCGGGGUGGGGGUCUAGAGCAGCAUACCAAAGAAAAGUCACAUCCAGUCUGCCUUGGUCCCCCAGACCCAGCCCCACUGCUAGUUUCCCAGAAGACUCAGAAAAGGUUAAACCACCUAUAGAGGAGGAGGCGAAUGGUGGUGGAGCCCUGAUCAGCUCCUGGACAGAUCCGCAGCCAUCAGCUCUUUCCUUAGAGAAGUCUGAUUCCUAUUCUCUGUCCUGCAAAAGAAGGCGUCUGUCUCUUAAUGGUCCAAGCAUGGAGGACUCCCCCAGCAACACCAAGUGUGAGGUCUCUGUUCCCACCAACAAUAGCUACAGCAAGGAAGUUCCCCCAUCCAAAAGCAUGGCCGCUUACUAUCCAUUUUACACAAACCCUUAAACAAGGUUCUUUAUCUGCCACCAUGAGUAAGAAAUAUCAUUUUAGCUCUUUUUUUGUUGUGAGAGCAGUGAUGAAUGUUUUUUUUUUUCUCUUUUUUUUGUAGCAAGACACAAAACGUGAUGAUGAAAAACAAUGGCAUUAUAAUUCAAGAGAUGCAUGUGGCAUCCAUCUUAAGAUGUAGGUGUUUUGCCUUUCUUGGACUAUACAUACAUAUAUAUAUAUAUUUUUAACAUCCCUUUUAUGUACCUCUGUAUUUUAAAUUUACAAAGUGCCAAAGCAUUUGUUCAAGGUGCCCCAGUUUUUUUAAACUGU